AUGCGUCAGCAGAUGACCAGCUGGGCCUUGUUGAGUGGCCGAAAAAGCAUCGGCGAGCUUGAGCAGGACGAGUUCAUUGAGAAGUUCAUGCCUCUGUCGCGGCAGGCCACCUUCGAGCAUCGCGCCUGGGAGGCUUUGGAGUGGUUCCGCGUCAUGGAUGAAGAUGGGUCCGGCACGAUCACAACUUCCGAGAUGUUGAAUUGCAUGCUGGAGAGCGAGGAGCUCCUCCAAGCUGUCAUCCGUCACAGGCUUUUCGUCGGCACCCUGGCAGGUGGCCCUCGCUCGAUGCAGCUGACUGUCGCAGAGCCCGACCCGGAGAAGGAGGGUGAGGUCUUGCUUCACUACGCCAAGGUGGGAACUCGCUCUCCCGUUCUUUGGGGAGUUUUUCCGCCGAACGACUACGUGGGCCGGGAAAGCUUAAUAAGGUGGGAAAACCUUCUCAUGUCCAUCAUCGACGGCGAGCCGUCACAGAUCCUGGAGGACGACCUCAAUGUCGCCGUCCGCCAGGAGGACGGUCCAGGCGUGAUCUCGACAGACUGGCCGUCUGACCUCCGUGGCAUCUUCGUCGGGAUCUCCUCGAUCUUUUACGCUGCCAGGGAUGCAGGCAUCACCGAGAGGCUGAUACAGAAGAAGGAUUGCCUCGAAUCGUUGUCGUCGGCCAUGGAGGCCGAGUUGAUCCGAGGCUCUAGCGAAGCCAUCCAGGAAGACCGGAUACCCAAAAAGCUGCACCUCCACCAGCAGAAGGUCGCCAACUUGGCCAUGGCUCACAGCUUCAUCAGCCGUUUGCUGCACGAUGAUGCAUGGCUCUACUUCCGCCGCUCCUGGCAGAUGGGCAAGAGCUCCUUCAUAGCCACCUGGUCACUGGGUGUGUUCCUCAACGGCAAGCGCCGGGAUGGAAACCAGGCGGCCGGCUCGUUCACACGGGUCCGAAGCCACCUCUCUGAGGCUGGCGUCCACGCAGAACCGCAGCAGGAGAAGCCGUCCCCCCAGAAGAACUGGGCUCGUCGACUCUCCGCUGCACUCCGCUUUUCCGCGGUAACCCGUCGAAGCCCGACGGGAUCUACGAUGGAUUAG